GUAGAUCAUUUCCUCUGUUCGUAUGGUUGCCAAUUAUAAGGUGUCUCUUGAAAGGAUACCGCAGAAAAAUGUCAUCUUCAGAUGAUAUUCAAUGGGUGAAAUUCUUGGUUAGCAUAGUUGCAGUCUCUCAUUCAGAGUUGACAGCUAAGAGGAUCAACCAGUCUGGGACCUCCUUGUGGGAAGUUCAAACCAUUGCCUUCACCAUGCUUGAGGAAGCCAUCUCCAGACUGGGAUCAUCCUUUUCUGCUCAUAUAUGGAUAUCAACUAUUGAGGUGUUUAGGAAAAUGAUGGAUGUUUUGGCAUCUAAGACUGUGCUUUUGGACGAUAGCGUCAUGUCUAGGUUCCACCAAAUUUACAUCAGCGAAAACUGUAAAAUAUAAGAGAGAGAGCUUUUAUCCUAAUCAAUAGACUGCCCUUGUCUUUGCAGGUAUUUUGCGGCUCUUUUGCAUUGCCUGCAUUUGGUUCUUAUGGAUCCUAAGGGUUCCCUUUCUGACCAUGUAAGUGUACCUAUACCUGUGUACGAGUGUGUUGCAGACUUGAUAUCAAUCCACAAUAUGUAGGGAUAUCUAUUUUAGCAUCAGUCAACGUUUGUUAUGUAGAAGCUGUUAUGUAUCAGUUAAAGAUAUAGACAGUGCUCUGAAAUUAAGGGUUAGAAUAGCGGCAUUGGAUUGCAUCAAGGUAAUUUAUUUUUAGGUUCUUAUCCCA